AUGGAUUUGGAAGUUUUGUUAGCAGAAACAGAGUUUACUGCAUUAACAAAUACAUUUUAUGUGGUAUCAGCUUUAUUGGCGGCGGCGUACGCUCGUCCAGAGCCGCCAAUCGGGGGUGGAGGUGGCUACAGCUACAGCGCCCCUAGCGCCCCCAGCAACUCGUACAGCGCCCCUAGCAACUCGUACAGCGCCCCUAGCAACUCGUACAGCGCCCCGAGCGGUUCGUACGGCGCACCGGCGCCACAAUACGGAGCGCCGGUUCAGCAACCCACCGUGCACAAGCACGUCUACGUUCACGUACCACCACCAGAGCCAGAAUACCAUGCCCCAAGGAAACCCAUCCACGUGGCACCACCACAGAAACACUACAAGAUCAUCUUCAUCAAGGCUCCAGCACCACCAGCGCCGACCGCCCCAGUAAUUCCAGUUCAACCGCAGAACGAAGAAAAGACUUUGGUCUACGUGCUGGUGAAGAAGCCGGAGGACGCACCGGAAAUCACCAUCCCAACCCCAGCGCCGACACAACCCAGCAAACCGGAAGUCUACUUCAUCAGAUACAAGACCCAGAAACAAGAGGGAUACCCUGAGAGCGGAGUACCGCAGAACCAAUACGGUCCACCAUCCAAUCCACCACCAAGCACCGAAUACGGCGCCCCCUCGAGCGGUGGUUAUUAAGCGCCCUCUCUGUUUCCAUUAUGAUGUACAUAUUAUCAUUUAGGAUUAAGGCGGGGGAACGCC